AUGUGCCUUCAAGAUGGCCGCAUCUUGGAUCUCUUCCACGAACACAAGGAGUUCCAGGGUCAAUGGGUGGGAGGAACCGCUGUCAACGUUGGGCGAAAGCGUGUUGGGGAGGUAACAGCUCGGAACGACCGUGGCAAGAAGCAGAGGCACAUACAAGCUGAGGGUGUAGAUGAGGGCGACGACAUGCACCACGAGGCGUCAGAUAUGAUUGACAAGAAGGAAUACGCAACGAUCAAGACAGAAGCAGGAGGAUUCUGCAAGGAGAACAUGGAGAAGCAGACAAAGCGAUCGAGGACGGACGAGGAUCAACCGCAGCAUAGCUUUCCGGGAAAUUUCAUGCCCGCAGAGGCACCGCCUUCAUACGCUGCUUCAACUUCAAAGGCGCCCCGUAACUCAGACAACGACAUGGACAGAAAGAGCUUCCCAGAUGAGGCCAAACGGUCUUCGAGUGACCCCACCCCCCUGGGCAGUCGAAGUCUUAGUGUCACAGCGUCACAAGAUAGGUCACCGAAGGCAGCAAUUGAGACCUGGCGCGACUUCUCCGAGAGAUACAAAGAGCUACUACAAGCCCGUAGAAUGGAGGCAUGGCUAUGGCCCGCUAGUCCAAUUGGCAAAGGAGCGCAGGCACUGCAUGAAUGGGAAAGGAUUGUAGCGGCCGAAAUAGCUAGGAUGGAGCAUGUCUUGAUAAUCGGAAAGAAAGGCUGCCUGAGGGGAAUCGCGGGAGACAGAGCCUUGCAGGAGUGGACAAGGGAGAUGAAUGAAAUUGACCAUUUGACCGCCCACGUCGCUGCAGAAACGAAGAAGCGGAGGGAAGCCGCUACGGACAGUCUGCACGACCAGGUGGAUGCCAUACUUCGCACACGGCGCAGCUCUUGUACCGAUGCUCUCGCACUUCAGUCCCCGGAACCAUAG